AAACACGUGUCGGCAGAUUUUAUCAUCAAAAUUUAUUUUAUAAUAAUAUUAAAGUUAUGGCCUCCAACGAAACACUGAUAAACUUUGGAGCUGGACCAGGAAAAAUCCCGGAUGAGGUACUUAAGGAGGCCCAAGAAGAAUUUCUGUCUUAUCAAAAUACUGGUUUUAGCGUAACGGAGCUUAGUCAUAGAUCUAAGGAAUAUGAGAAAAUCAAUCAGGACGCUCAAGAUAGAUUACGGGAGUUAUUAAACGUGCCAGAUAACUACAAAAUUCUGUUUUUACAUGGUGGAGGUCAGGCUUUAUUCUCUGCGAUUCCUUUAAACUUAUUGCAAAAUGAAGGCAGUGCGGAUUAUAUAACAGCAGGUAUUUGGUCAAAAGUAGCGGCAAAUGAAGCCAAAAAAUUUGGUAAAGUCAAUUUAAUUUAGCCAGAUUUUCAUUCCACUUGUAAUGAAAAAACAUGGAAAGUCCAGUCAAAUCCUAAUGCGUCAUAUUUGUAUUAUUGCGACAAUGAAACAAUUGAAGGGAUUGAGUUCCCGUUUAUUCCAGAAUCAUCCAAGGUGCCAUUAGUUGCUGAUAUGUCAUCUAGUAUUAUGACCAAAAGAAUUGACGUUUCAAAGUUUGGAAUUAUUAUAGCAGCCGUUCAAAAAAACUUAGGUACAGCAGGACUUGGGAUUGUGAUCAUAAGAGAAGACCUUAUAGGAAAUUCCAUGAACUGUUGCCCAUCUUUUCUAAACUUUAAGGCAGUAUGUGAUAUGAACUCUAUACUUAAUACCCCGCCUGUAUUUUCAGUUUAUCUACUUGGCAAGGUCCUAAAAUGGGUAAAAAACCAUGGAGGCUUAGAAAGUUUUGAGGAGGAAAGUAAAAGAAAAAGCCAAUUGCUUUAUACUACCAUAGACAGUUCACAAGGAUUUUAUCACAACAAAGUUUCAAUCCCAUACCGAAGUAGAGUUAACGUGACAUUUACAAUAGAAAAUGGCAAUUUAGAACUGGAAAACAAAUUCAUAACAAUGGCUGAGGAAAGAGGAAUUUAUCAACUAAAAGGGCAUAAACUAGUUGGAGGAAUAAGAGUUUCGUUAUACAAUGCAAUUUCGUAUGAAAACGUCACUACUUUGGUCCAGUUUAUGAAGGAGUUUCAAGAGCAAAACGCUUCAAUGUUGUAAUAUUAAUUAGGUUUUGUAAUAAAA